GGGAACACUUGAGAAUCUGCCCUCAGGAAUACACAUGUUGCACUUCAGAAAUGGAAGACAAACUAAGCCAGCAAAGCAAACUGGAAUUCGAGAAUCUGAUGGACAAGACAAGCCAUUUUGUCCGCACCACAUUUGUAUCGAGGCACAAGAAAUUCGAUGAAUUUUUCCGAGAGCUCCUGGAGAACGCAGAAAGAUCCUUGAAUGAUAUGUUUGUACGAACAUACGGCAUGUUGUACAUGCAGAAUUCAGAAGUAUUCCAGGACCUCUUCAUAGAACUGAAACGAUAUUACACAGGAGGCAAUGUGAACUUGGAGGAGAUGUUGAAUGACUUCUGGGCCCGUCUAUUAGAGCGAAUGUUCCAGCUCAUAAACCCCCACUAUCAUUUCUCUGAGGACUAUCUAGAGUGCGUGAGCAAAUACACAGACCAGCUUAAGCCUUUUGGAGAUGUACCCAGAAAACUCAAGGUUCAGGUGACGAGAGCUUUCAUCGCGGCAAGGACCUUCGUUCAGGGGCUGACCGUGGGGAGAGAAGUUGCUAACAGGGUAUCUAAGGUGAGUCCCACCCCAGGAUGCAUCCGGGCAUUAAUGAAGAUGCUGUACUGCCCUUAUUGCCGAGGACUGCCCACUGUGAAACCUUGCAAUAACUACUGCCUCAACGUAAUGAAGGGCUGCCUUGCAAACCAAGCAGAUCUGGAUACCGAAUGGAAUCUCUUCGUAGAUGCCAUGCUUUUGGUAGCUGACAGACUAGAGGGACCAUUCAACAUUGAGUCAGUUAUGGAUCCCAUUGAUGUCAAAAUUUCUGAAGCCAUAAUGAACAUGCAAGAAAACAGUGUGCAUGUGACUGGAAAGAGGACUAUCUGGAGGACAAUGCAACAUGGUGUAAUUGACAUUAAAGAAAAACUAAAGCUUUCCAAAAAGUUCUGGUCUACAUUACCCUACACCAUCUGCAAGGAAGAAACAGUGACUGCUGGCAUGUCUAAUGAAGAGGAUUGUUGGAAUGGACACACCAAAGCUAAGUAUCUACCUGAGAUCAUGAAUGAUGGACUCACCAAUCAGAUAAACAAUCCUGAGGUUGAUGUGGACAUCACCCGGCCUGAUACCUACAUAAGACAGCAAAUCAUGGCACUAAGAGUAAUGACCAACAAACUUAAAAAUGCAUACAAUGGGAAUGAUGUGAACUUUCAGGACACAAGUGAGGAGACCAGUGGCUCCGGUAGUGGAAGCGGCUGUACAGAUGACAUUUGUCCAACGGAAUUUGAAUUCAUCACCACAGAAACUCCUCUCAUUGACUCAGGCAGGAGGGAAGUGGACUCUUCAGCCAGCCAGCCAAGCCCAUCUGUCCUCACAGGCUUCCUCCUUCUUACAGUCUUUCUCCUGCAAAGACACUGCAGAUAAUCCCGGCUCCAGUCAGCUCUGACUGCCUUUUAGCUAUUGAAAAAGAACAGAACAGCCAAUUAGCUCCUUUUCUGAUGCCCUCAGACAAUGGACCACACCACCAACCCUUACGGUUUUCUACCAGAAGGAAGCGGCCCUGCACCCUGCCGCAUUUUGGCACUUUCACGGAGAGUGUGCCGGGGCCUAGAAGAGCCUCUUCUGGUUUCCAUCUGGGGAAGGCGAUGUCUGCUUCUCAGCGAUCUCUUCUCUCACACUUUUAUUCUAGAAGACUUUUCGGAAUAUGAUUUGCUUUUAUGCCUCAGAAAGAAAAAAAGGGGGGGUGGAGAUUUAGGGGACCCGACAUGGGCUUUUAUUUUUAUUUCUUUUUUUUUCCAUUACAAAGAAAAAGAGAACAGAAAGAAGAAACAUGUUGAAAAUAAAGCUAUUCCAAGGCCGAAUAAUAAGCACAUACAUAUGCACCCACAGGAAAGCCAAGCCUUCUUAUCUAGGACACUUCUGUAUUGCACUUCAAAUCACCAAAAUGAUGUUAAGUCACUGAGAGAAUAUCUUGGAGUGUGGUGUUUUGUUUUGGGGGUUUUUUUGUAACACAGGUCUAACUAUGUUUAUUCUUAACUGUCAAACAGAAGAGUUGGCGGAGAGGUUUGAAACAGAAAUAGGACACUUUCUGAGAACAAGAGUAGCACCUUUCUGUCCCUUUGCUCUCACCAGUUUGUGUUUGACAACUACCCUGUUUCCCAAAAAAUAAGAGCUCCCCAGAUAAUAAGCCCAAUCGGGCUUUUGAG